CAAUUCAUCUAAUAUUCUAGAAGAAAUUUCAGAAGAAAUUCUAUAUAAUGCAGCUAUCCAAAAAAGAAUUAUAGAACUGAUUCAAAAUACAAAUAAGAAAUUAGAUAAAAUAAAAAAAAUGGUGAUUAAAACAAAUGCAGAAUUAAAAGCAUAA